UGGCACCACGGUGGUUGCCCUGGGCGGGAGCACUCCAAGCAAAAGCCCGGGCGAAUGCUCCCGAGAGAAGUGGCAAAUUGGCAAACGCGCUGGCUCUGCCGCGCUUUUCGCGACCUUGCUGAAAAGAGGCUUUCGGGGUCCUUCCUGCCUAUUCCGCCACGGUAAAAUAAUGCUCCCGUCCGCCACCGCGGCAGCAGUCAAACGAUGCCUGGUUUACCUACCACUCCAAGUGUGAACUUGGAAGGUCCCAAGUUCGUCGCACCGGAUAAGGCUUACAGGAGGAAAUCGGUGGUCUAAAGGCUGUGGAUCUUCUAGGGUUAAAACAAAUAGGAAAGAGCAAAAGCGAGAAAAGAGGGGAAAGAAGGACAUGAAUUUCCGGAGCCUGGAGGAGUUCUGGGCGUAUUAUGUGAGCCAGCACUCCAAGGCGUCGACCCGGCGGUGGCACUUCUUCGGCACCCUCUCCGCACUCCUCUGCCUCCUCUUCUCCCUCCUCCUCCUCAACCUGUGGCUCCUCCUCCUCGCCCCUUUCUUUGGUUACGGCCUCGCCUGGUACAGUCACGCCUUCGUGGAGCGCAACGCCCCCGCCACCUUCUCCCACCCUCUCUGGUCCCUCCUCUGCGACCUCAAGAUGUUCGGCCUCAUGCUCACCGGCCGGAUGGACCGCGAGAUCAAGCGCCUCGGCAAGAGGCCCGUCCUGCAGGCCUUCUGAUCGCCUCCUCCUUUUCUUCCCUUCUCGGCAAUUAUUUGCGCUUAAAUCGCUGCGACCCGAUCUUCCACCUGUAAUUAUUAUUCUAUCUGGCUUUACCGAUUAAUUUUAUGCGAUGGUGAUAUCUGAUGAAUGGAUCUUCUGCAUAAAUCUCUCGCGUAAAAGUUUUUUUUUUUCUUCGCUGCUUUUUCAUCGUUCUAGUUUAGAUCUUAAUAAUCGGACUUCGCCCGCUAUUCUCCCAAUAGCACGUGCCUUUGACCCCUUUAACUCUGGAAUGAAUUUAAGUGCUCUUCCCCUUUCUUUUCAAGGAAAAUAAAAGGACCAGAUUUGAUUAAAAAAACAAGGAAAAGGUCUUGGAUGAGUGUGGAGUCUCUGUAGCAACCUUGCUUGCAAUUGUUUCUGGAUCCUGUUCAGUUCUUUCUUACAGUAUCUGGGUUGUCUUCCACUCUAUUGUCGAAUUGCAAAGAUUGACUGAUUGGAGGAAGAGAUCUUGACGAUGACAUAAGACAGAAUAAACGAUUCUUUAUUACAGAAAUAUAGUAUAAUGGGGAACUAAAUUAUCAAACAGAUAAAUUGAUUCCAAAGGACAGAGCAGAACAUGUAUGGGGAAAAUAUACAGACAUCAUUUCUUUCAUGCUAUGGCUAACAGACAGAUUAAUGCCAAAUAAGAUUUUAUUAAUAUGGAAGGUGGAUUGUUGACAGCAUCAUAGUUUGUAUGCAUUGGUCUUUGAGUAGAACUUUUCUUGAUGAUAUGAAAUUUUCUUAGCUUACUUUGGCUUGAAAAGGAUGUCUUAUAAUGGAUCUUGACAUUGAUUAGCUUUGUGGAGAGCUGUUUACUACUCAGGUGAUCUUGCUUUUAAUAUAGCUUUCCUUAAAAGUUUUUCUCAGGUGAUCUUAUUCUUGUUGUUCAAGUGUUCUCUAGUAAAGAUCGGGUAAGUGAGACGACAGAUUUAAUUUGGUUACUCUAUAUCAAUGAAGCGAGAUAGAGAGUCAAGACUUUAGACUUUGGCUCCUUAUUUCGAGCAUUUAUGAUGUUCUGAAAUUGCUAUUUUGUUACAUAAGUAUGGUUAUCGAUGGAGUCUUCUCAUGCACAAGCAGCUUGUGUUAAAUAUAAGAGAAUAUCAAAUGUGACUCUUUCAGUUAAUGAAUGUAAUUCUUAGGGAAAGAUCAACUUUAAAGGCUUUAUUUUUGACAUGGAUAUUAAGAAAAACUAUGAUUGUGUGGGUUGUCUUUCCUUGCCUAUAUUUUUGGGAAAAAAAUUCUGCUUGAAGCCAUUUGAUAUAUCUUAUUUUUAUAUGUUAAUCAGCAUCCCUUUGUUUUUUUUCUUUUUAAGCUCUCAAAUUUCAUUAAGAAUUUCUCGAAGAAAUAUAGCUGAUAAGUAAUCUAAGUAUGAAAUACAAGUAUAUGUUGCUUACUGUUGUUUUAUGUCUUUACAUAUAUUCGAGCUUGAAAUUAAGACUUGUGUUUUUAAUAUUAAACUGUGAGCUGAUUUCAGGUCAUAGUUCUUGUAAGUUUGGUAGAUAAAUCAUUUCAGUAAAUUUGUUGUUAGUUAUUACAGUGUGUUAAAAUAAAAGGAGGAUAUACCAAUAUGGCAUAUGCUGGAUAGAGGCUUAUGUUGAUAGUUUCAAAUGGAAUUUUUAGAUUACUAGAUGUUUGUGUAGCUUUAGAUUUUAAGAAUGUCCCUGUUAAAUCUUUAAUCACAGGAGUUGUGAUAGGUCCUGGGUUAACGAUUCUUGCACAUAAAUUGAAAACUUAAGAAACAGCAAUUGCAGCAGCACUUCUAAUUAUGUCGCAGCAGUAUGCAAACACUUUGGUUGGAUUCUUUUAUGGCUAUAGCUUAAUAAAGAUUCUUAUUGAUAGAACUUUUUAAGUAUCAAGCUCCUGUGAAUCUCUUAUUUCGUAUGCAAGUGUUUUCAUCACCAGUCAUCAUCUAAGCACUGCAGUAGGUGGUGGAUAGUCGGUGGUUACCUAUUGUACUUUAAAUUAGUUUCUUUUGUUAGCUAAUGUUUGGUUGUCACUUGUGCCACACCCCCCCCCCCCCCCUGCCCAGUAUGACGAGAAAGUAUAAGGGCAGAUAGAUUUUUAGCUUUGUUUACAAUAUAUCAACUGUUUCCAUUUUCUUUCUCUUUUUUUUGAUGAAAAAGGGAGGCUGAAAGAGGGAGCCACCCAUCUCUUAUUAGGAGGAACCAAAGAAAAAUUACAUUGAAGAGGGUCAGUUACAGGGGGUAAGAUGUAUCAGUAGGACAAAAGCUGCCUUUUCAAGUUACAGGCUAGAACAAAAUCCAAGAUCUGUGAGACAGAGGAGUUUAACAGUGAAGGGUCAAUAUUAGUUCUCAGCCAGUAAGAAGCAAUGGAAAAAGAUUCAGCCGGCAGCGAUUCACUCAAAAAGAAAGGUCUCUCAGUAAUGCUGGCAAGGGCAGAUGGGAACCAAUGCUGCCAGAUUGCAAGAAGAUAAACCAAUUCAGUCGGAGGAAGUAAUUAUUCAACUUGAAGUCCAUUGGUUAAUCAGCUGACAACACAUAAGGCACUUUCCUCACUGUACUCCACAUUCUACCAAAGGAGGAAAGAAGCUUGGGCUCAGUCAUAAUAAGCGACCAGUCAUUGAAAUAUCGCGGUCCCACAGCAGCGACCUGUGCUACAGAUGAAUCCUUGUGAAGGAAAAUCCUCACAUUCCUUUCUUUCCAGCACGACCAAGUCAUUGCCGCGAAGAGCAUAAGAAUCACGGGCUGUGCAUAUUUAGAGAAAUUUCUGAUUCUCCAGUUGAUAUAGAGGUGUUCAAAAGAAGUUCUAGGAUGUGAAUCCCCAAGAGCAAAACAGAUUGCUGACCAAAUGGAGGAGAAGAAUGGACAAACGGAGAGCAGAUGGUCCACCAUCUCCUGUCUCUGCUGACAGAAGAUGCAACACCCCAUGUUUUUGUUCAGUUUGUUCCCCAUAAGUUCUAUUGUGUUCAGCUUUUUUCCCAGCAUAACCAGAGAAAACAUCUGAUUUUUAAGGGCGCUUGGAGACUCCACAAAGAAGCUGCAAAUUGGCAUCUGAUCCCCCUGGUAUUCAGAAAUAAGUAUAGAGAUGCUGUAGAGAAGGUUUUCUUGUUAUCCGCUUUCCCCUGCACUUGAUCAGCCUUCUGAUUCAGAGUAACAUAAGCUAACAGAGAUAUAAGAUGGUUGAAUUGAGUCUGAGCAUCAACUGAGGGUCUUACAGGCAAUCUGAUCUUCGCAGAGGAUAUCAGCUACAGAUCUGUUCUUUGAGCUAAGAUCGUAUAGUGAGGGAAAGAUGGAUUGUAAUGGGGCAUCAGUCAGCCAAUUGUCUUUCCAAAACAGUAUGCCUCAGGCUGUUUCCAAUCAAGAAUUGGGUCCUAUUCCAAAAUACUGGGAGAGAGGACAAUGUCACGUCAAAGGCUCCAGCACCCUCUAAUGAGCUUCCAACUCACCGAAAGCUUCACUUUCCUAUGAUAGGCGAAUUGAAUUUAUUUUUCCCAUAGGCCAGAAGGGAUAGGUUGAAUUGAUCGAGGUAUUUACACGCAAAUGUAUCCCCAUCCCCAUUUGGCCAGAAGGGAUUUGUUGAAUUGAUUGAGGUCUUUUGCACCGAGUCCACCCUCUUCUUUUUGAAGGCACACUGUCUGCCAAUUCACUUUGCAAGACAACCCUUUUGUGGAUGCCGUGCUUUGCCAAAGAAAACCAUCUAAUGCAAUCGAUUUUCUUUAGGACCUAUGCUGAAACCUUGAAGAUGGACAUGAAGUAAGUGGGGAGAGAUGCGACAGCCGAAUUGACUAAGAUGAGCCUCCCUCUUGCUUCUCCAAGAUGCCAAUUUAGUUUCAACCUCUGCACUAGCACCAUCCAAUCAGCUUUUUAGGUUUCGUUCUGCGUAGAAUAGUUUAAGAGAAGAGGCACCAGUUGACGGUUUAGUCAUUCACCACAGUUUGCUCCUGCAGAGGAGUACUGACAGAUACCUGAAAUUGAGCUCUUUUGGUGGUUGAUAGAGAGCCUCCAGACCAUUUCAAAACUGAACAGAAUGAUCUUCAAUGCCGCAUAGAAUUCUUUUCUCGCCCUUAAAAAGAUCAGCGUAUCAUCAGCAUAUAGGAGCAUUUUUGUACCACCAUGUAUCCAAGGGUUCAUUUCUGUACUUGCUCUUGUGGAGUUGUAGGUUCAUUUUGUAUUGUACAUACUUUAGUACCUAGGGAACAAGUACACUACCUCCAAUUCCAUUGCAA